UCCAUUCCUUGGCAACUUCCUUUUUCAAGAAACUGACGAGGCCGGCGAGGAUACGGCAACACACAGGCACUUACAGACGUUCCCAGAUGCAAUCGAUGAAAAUGUGAAUGCAGUUGUGCCAAGAUCCUAUUCAACAAAUCCUUGAAGAGGAGAAGAGCUUGCGGAAAAAUCGGGAACGCCGAUUGCCACCAAUCACAGAGUUCCAGAGGGACUGUCUUGUUAGUAAAGCCUUCACUGGAAUUAGAUACCUUUGCAAUCGUCAAUUUCAGCAAUCGGCUAAGAGAUUCGCCAAAGUACAGAUUUGUGACACAAUUGACAUGUUUACAGAUGUGUUCACAAGAUUGUGACGUAGAUGGAUAUGCCGCCAAGCUCAAGAAGCAUAUAUGCUACUAUAUCGUCGGCAUCGUCGGCAUUGUCGUGCAACCGCGCCGUGUACGCCGUGUCUAAGGCUAAGCGACCAGCGACAGUGCUGAAGAUGUCGGUGAUCCAAGAGGUGCAGAAGUAGAAGAAAGAAAAAGUAUGAGAAAAAAAACGAGAAAAAGCAGAAGAGAUACGACAAAAGGAGGAAAAAGCGGCAGAAAAUAUUCAACAAAUGCAGCAAAGAAGCUGGCGAAAAAAGAGAAGAGAAGAGGAGAGCGAAAAUAGAAAGAAAAGCAGGGCGGAAGGAAGUCGAGGAGGUUCCUCUUUUAAGGGACCAAAAGUAAGGUCUGACUGAUAGAAUAAAAAUUUUGGGACUUCGAACAUCAUAAUACAGAUACUCUAAAGUCUAAAAGAUUAACUGAUAGACUGACAGCAUUUUUCGAUGUCUUAUACCUUACAUAUACAUAAAAAGAACGGUUCCGCUGAUUGUAAGUUCGUUACAAGCAUCAAAUGUAUUCAAUAAAAGUAAUAGAUGGGGCAUAUAAGAAUCAGUUAUAGAAAUUGUAAAAAAGGGGUACAUUGAGACAUAUAAAAUACACUGACUGUAAUUAAAUUUGAAUAAUAUAGUUCUUAAUAUUACAUUACAGCUGAAAUGUAUAGAAUAUUAUUAUUUGACAUUAAGAGAUGAGAUUGAGAAGCGAGGCGAAAGGCACGUCCGACUCGUUCGAGCGGUCUCACGAGACUAUUGCUCCCACACAUACA